AUGUCUAGUAAUCAAAAAAGAGUUAAACUUGCACCAAAUUUAUCAAAUGUGAAUUAUGGAGCUUCCUGUUCUAAAAACGUUCCUGACAGUCCGAAGAGACAAGCCCAAAAACGAAAGAAUUCAGAUACUACAAACGACAGCUGUACAGCAAAGCGGAAUUGUGACAGAAUAAUACCUCCUCCUGUAAUUACUAGAAAUUUGGCACAAAAUAGAUUAAACAAACUUAAAUAUUCAUUACAAAUGGAUUUGUUGAUAAGAGACAAAAUUACUUCACCAGAAGAAAGUGAGAUUCACGCUAUGGAAAGUAGGCAUGAUACAUCAUGCCUUGAAGGAAAACAAGUGACCGUACCCGGAGGACGUGACAAGGAAGGACGACCCAUAAUUUUAAUCACCAUCCCAUCAGACUCUCCUCAAAUAGAUGCCGUUCCGGCACUUCAGUACUUACUUUCUCUGUUCAGCAAAACUAGUCGAUCGCGAGGAUUAACGGUUUUAAUCGAUGCCAGAAAAGGACCUUGGAAAGUUGCAAGGUCAUGUAUUCGGCAAGUCAAUGCAGUCUUCGUACCGGAAGAACUAUCAAAGUUGAUAGUUCUCAGACCUGACGCUUUUUGGGACAAGCAAAGAGUUGAAAACUGUACUUCCUCAUCAAACGAUAAACAGUUAAUUUUCCCCGAUUUUCCAGAAAGCGAUGACGAAGAUUUUGACAAUUCAAUUUUAGAUCCAGAUAAUUCUGACGGAGAGAUUUGUACGAAGUAA